AUGAUCUCCAAGAAGAUGUUGGACAUCGUAGGCAGCCUGCACACAGGUACUGUGAACCUUAGCGUCCUCGCCAAGAAGCUUGGUGUCAGCAGCGGCAACCUGCGGUUUGCAGAUGAGGCAACCAUGUUGGAAAAACUCAAGGUGGGUCAGGGCUGUGCCACGGCUCUUGCUUUGUUCUUUGACAAGGACUGCAGCGUCAAGUUUGUCCUGGACCGCGAUCUGGUGGAAGGAGGCCAUGAGAUGGUCUACUUUCACCCCAUGACCAACGCAGCCACCAUGGGACUCCGACCUGAUGGCCUACUCCUCUUCCUCAGAGAAACAGGUCACGAACCCAUCCUGGAGACCUUUGAGUAGGACAACUUUCAAAGACUGACACACAGC